UGAUGUUUUUGACAAAGGCCAACAACGACGUCGACGGCGCGCCGAACUCCCGACAUAUUCAUUAGAGUGUUUCUUUCAAUCGUUUGCUGGGCAAACGCCGUUCAAUCGUUAAGUUAUUUUUGUUAUUUUUCAACGGUCGCCGAUCGCUAUUAUAACCAACGAGUGCUCUCCGACGUAUGUUCUAUUUUGAGUUUUUUUUUUCUUUAAUGUUUGCUUGACAAAAGUCGUUUGAAUAUUUAGGUAGUUGGUGUUGUAAUAGCAACAUGCCCGGCCGACGGCGCUGCAUCAAUGGUGAUUGCCGUUCAAAACCUAAAAGGAAGCUGUUCGCCGCCCAAAAAUCUGUGUGCAAUUAUUAUAAUGUCUUCUACACGCCAGAUCGCAAAGUGUGUAUGGUCUGUAUGCAGAAAUGUAUCGUAUAUUUAGAGAAGAUCGGUAGGCGGUUUAAAAACGGACAAUGUAUACUCGACGACACACAUCCAACAAAACCAGUCCAUGUAAUUGAGUUAUCAGACUCUGAUGACGAUGAUGCCGUCAACAAUGUUACCAAGCCGUCAACAGAAAACCUCGACCCGCAAAUAGCUAAAUUGAGAACAACAUUGAACACAAUCUUGGAGGAUACUGUUGGGCCAUUAUUCGAAAAACAAGAAGAAUUAUGCGAAAUCUAUUUGGCUUCUCAAAAAGCCGAAAUAGAUGCUGAUAAUAAACGUCUAGAAAAAUUAUCGGAGAAGGUAGAUCGGGCACUCAGACAACUAUACAACAAAUUAUACAAGUUUGAUGAUCAAAGGAAAUUUGAGUUUGACAAAGAGAUACGUGUUUUUGAUCACUUUAAUGAUGAUGUAGAACUUAUAGCAUCUAAAACUUUACCUAUAUUGCCGAAUGAUUUACCCAAAGAAGGACAACUAAAAAGACACUUAUUAACAGUGGGUGACAGGGUGUAUGGGAUGAAACAUUCACAAUUGCAUCCGUGGAUUGAAGGGACUAUUAAAUCAGCAGUUAGUGACACAUAUUUUAAUAUUAUAUUUGAGGAUGAAAAAGAAAAAGUUUUGAAUUAUAAAAAUUUAGCAUACAUAGAUGCUACAAGCCACGUACAGUAUCCAGUGGGCAGUAGAGUGAUCGCCAAAUUCCAAGAUAUGAACAUUGAAUUGACAGAUAAAUUCUACGUGGGGAGUAAUUGCAGAACCGCCAAAAUAUCUCAACAAUUUUAGGUACAUGAUAUUCUUUGAUGAUGGACAUGCACAGUAUGUAUACCAUAAGAAUAUUCGCCUCGUGUGUGGUGAGUCACCAAAUGUAAGCGACGAUGUACAUGAAAAUAUUCGAGAAUUUGUGAAGGCGUAUUUACACAAAUAUCCAGAACGGCUUAUGGUGAAGUUUAAUAAAAAACAAGUAGUGCACACAAAGCUAAACAACUUUUGGCGUUCAGCCAAAGUGAAAAACUUAGAUGCAUCGUUAGUACAGUUAAAAUUUCUUGAUAUGAAGAUCAAACACACAGAAUGGAUAUAUCGGGGCUCAAACAGGUUAGGCCCAAUAUAUAAUCAAUUAAGUAAUCAAGAUAAGCGUGUACGUGGUAUGGUGUUGACUGAUGUUAAUAAGUUAUUAAAUCGACCAUAUAUUGAAAUAGACCUGACUGACGAUGAAAAAAGUGUGAACAUUGACAACAGUGACAAUACUCAAAAACCUCAUGAAAAUAAUGGUGUAAUUAAAUCAAUUGAAAUACCAGCAAACUGUCCAAAACCGCUUCCUUACAAGCACCAUGAGUGUUCUUAUUUUUGCAUGUCAUGGGUUGAGUAUAACUACAGUAAAACAAAAUAUAUGACUUUUUUAAGUAUUCCAUUACAUUUUGGAUUUACGAGAUCUGUAUUAACAGACAAAAAGUUAAAAUUAAAAAAAGUAAUAUAUACCACUCCUUGUGGGCGUAAUAUAGAUAAUGAAAACGAAAUGUACAACUACUUGAAACUGACAAGUUAUGG